AUGCCCGACAAGCAAUUCGCUUCCCUCGUCGAGGCGCGCGCUUACACCUUCGGCGAAGCCAAGGGCCUGCGGACAGCGCUCGCACUCCUCCGCGCCGAAAGCAGCUUUGUCGAAACCGUUCUCGCCCACCCAGUCUGGGCCGCCAUUCUUUCCAACAUCGCCGGCAAGGCCAAGGGCCUCGACGUGGCGGCCUCACGCAUGCGGUGCCAUUGCGCCCGCCCACAGCACGAGCUGUGUCGUUGCCCAGCCGUGUCAGAGACGGGCGCAACGAAGGGUUCGGCCGUGACGGGCGUGACGCACAUCCGCUCGCCGUCGUUGAUGUCGGCUCGCUCUGGGUCCUCAAUGAGCUCCAAGUCGAGCUCGAGUGGCAGUGAGACUGACACCUCGUCGUCCUCGGGCAACUCGAGCUCGACAGCCCGCACUCACGGGCGCAGCGACAGCGCGAGCGUACGUAGUAACCUGUCGGAUGACCCGAUGCCGGGCGCCAAUGGACUCGCUGUCAAGCCUGUCAAGGUCGCCACAACCAAGGGCAAAGGCAAGUCAAAGGACCGCACGGGCAAGGAUGCCGCCCAGAAUGGGAAAGGUCAUGCCGCGAUGAUCGUCCUCGGCCCCGAGCGUCGCAUUCCGCUCGACGUGCCCAUCCCUUACCCCGGCGAGGCCGUCGUUUCACAAGGUGACACGAACGUCUCUGUCAGUGCGGGUGCGUCCAUUGCGCUUGGUGGCUCGAUCAGCGCCGUUGGGCCCAGUAUCGCAUUCAAGCGCAACCCCGGGGGCGAGAUCGUCAGUGUCCUGGGCCCCCGGUCCGACGUCAAGAAGAACACAGCUAGCAGUGCCGCUAUCCGUCCUCGCACCAGAAGCGUGCUUUCGAGCAUUUCCGUUGACCUCGAGGACCUCGAGCCAUACGUUCGCCUACCCCACGAUCCUCUUCGGGCCACGGUUGUGUCGGUGACUCCCUCGGUGCCUUCGUCGCCGGUGGCUCCCAAGCACCCGGCCAUCGACCCCAUCAUGCCAGACCGCACGGGCACGCCGGUGCGCAGUGUACCACCCACCCCAACGGCGGGCGGUUUUGUCACCCGCCCGCUGCCAGCGCUUGGCUUCCCUUCGCUCGGCCACACUGCCCGCAGCCCGAGCCUCAGCCCAGUGUCGUCAAAGUCAGAGCGGCACAAGUCGUCCUCCUCUGCGUCCCCGCAUGCCUCCCCUGUGCUCGUGGAGGAGCUCGGCCAGUCAACGCUUCCGGACGAACCUCACAUCACUGCUGUACCUCAGGAUGCUGGGCAGGGAAUGUUUACCAGAGUUGUCACGCACAUCGUCGAGGAGUACUUUGAGAACAAGGCUGAUAAGAAGCCUAUGCCCGAGGAGACCAAGAUCGGUGGCGACUAUGGACCAGGUUACAAGGCCCCCGGGGUUCCGGGUUCGUAUGUGCACCCGGGCUAUGGUAACCAUCCCUCGCCGUCCGCUAAGCCGGCGUCGCUGCCUGGACAGACCACACAGGGGCCUUUGGCUACGACUGCUGCUCCUCCUGCUUCCUCGCUUCCCGCGCCGUUGAACUACUCGCCACCCCUCGUCUCACGGCCCCCAAUGGGCGCUCCUACCGUGAGCAACUCACACCUCGUCCAGACAUCCAGUCUCUCCCCGUACUCGACUGCCCUCGCGCACCCUCUCCCGCCCUCGCGCCCUACCUCGAGCGCCAGCACGGUCGACGACGAGCAUCUCGGCGAUGUCCUUGAACGUCUAAGCUACGAAGAGCAGCAGUACAUCGCCUCGUUGUUCUCGGGAAACGAGGACCCGAGCCGUGUCCAGCCUGUCCUCUCGGACCAAGCCGUGGCCAUCGUAUCCCGUAUGACUCGCUUUACGGUCGUGGAGGAUUUUGUGGAGGAGACAGAAGAGGAGGAGGCGGAGGGAGAGGUGGAGGAGAAGACUGAGAAGGUCAAGCACAAGGAGAAGAAGAAGAAGAAGACGAACACGAACAGAAAGCCGAAGAAGGAGAGGGUUCCGAUGGCUAUUCCCCCUGCCCCUGUCGCGGCCGUAGUCUCCGCCGUCGCCCCCACCGUCGCGUCCAUCGUCCCUCCCCCGGCUCCAGCCCCCGGCUCUGCGCGCGGCAGUCCCUCCCCGCUGAAGUGGGCCUCGCCCAACCUUCCUCCCUCUCCGCCGGCUCUCUCUCCGCCCGUGCGCGCCAUGACCGCUGGCCCUUCUCCGCACGUCCCGCCCCACCCGCACCCGCCGUUUCCUCGCGCGAGCUCGACGCCGCCCCACUCGCUCCCCACUCCUCCGCAAACGGCGUAUCCGCACCCGCUGCACAGCCGCCAGCACCAGCACCCGCACCCGCACCCCGAGCCGCCCACCCACGGCCACACACACACGCACACCCAUCGGCCGGGUUGCGCGUGCCGCCGCCCGUCGGUCGCCAUGUCCGUGUGCUCGAACCACUCUGUGCGCAGCCACCAUAGUGUGAGCCCCUUUGGCGUUAACGGCGCCGUGCACGCCAGCCCCCGCGUCGUGCAUGCCGUCGCGCAUGCGUGCACGCACGGGCACGGCGGCUCGCACCAGCUGUGCAGCUGCACGAUGUAAAGGGAGUUAGAAGCUGAGGGUGAGCGUACGGUGUCGAUCAGCAGGAGUAAGAAGUUUCAAAGUUAAGUGGAGUCGCAGCUUUCCGUGUUUAGAGAGAACGGCAGUGGACGUGCAACGUAGAUGCAUU